GAUGACAUGAUAUCAAAAAACACUUUAGCUGAGGGCAACCAUGUAUUAUACAACACCUAUCCUCGAUAAAUAACUAAUCAGACAAAAAUCAUAGCAAGGUAACCGAAACAAAUAAUAAAUGUUGACAUGUAGAGGAUAAAAAAAAACUUAACACAAGAUUAUGAUACGGUUGUGGUUUUAUGGGGUUGCCACAGCCUGUUUACUGGUUGCCCUUGCUCCAUCCUCUACUGACCAACAGUCUGAUCUGGCCACAGCUGGGCUCAGCGUUAUAACAGCGUCCACUGCUUUUGCCUCAUUGGGUUACAUUGCUGUGUGUCUAACCGAAUACUUUGCGGAAACUGAGAGGGCUCGAGAAUCCGGAUUAAAAGAUGGCAGGAAGGCGGGAAAAACGGAUGGGGAAAAUAUGGGCCGUGCAGAGGGAAUUCAGGAAGCUGAGAAAGAAUGCACAAAAAUGAUUGCAGAGAAAAAUGCCGAAAUAAAAAAAUGUUUACUAGAAGCUGAAGCAGUUAGAAAGGCUGUUUUAGACGAGGCACUGGCUGAUCUCCAGGCCCAGAUUGACGUAAAUGUGCAAGGUCUUCAAGUGGAUUUGGCAAACACCUUUGCUAUCUGUGAGGAUAGAGCCCCAUGUAAUUCAGAUGCAAAUGCCGCAUGCAUAAAUGAAACUUUUGGUAGUACAACUUUAUGUGUUCCCAAAUUAUUGGUGGAGUAAAUAUUACAUAGCUAUGG